GUUUCGUAGUUCCGCAUUUCAAGUCCAACUGCCGUCGCGGGUAGAACAACCAAGGAAAUAUGCAACAGAGAUCUCCACUGCUUCUAGGCCUGCUGGGUCUCACCCUGCUGGUCGCUGUCCAGGCCGGUGGCCGGAUCAUGGGCGGUGAGGAGACGGGUCUGAAUGCCACGCCCUUCGCUGCCUCCCUGCGUGUGGACAAUGCCCAUGUGUGCGGUGCUUGCAUUCUCUCCGAAACAAAGGUCCUGACCACGGCACAUUGUGUGCAUCGCGACGGCAAGCUUCUUGCCGCCAACCGUCUUUCCCUGCGCGUGGGCAGCACCAAUCAGUACGCUGGCGGACGCAUUGUCACCGUGGACUCUGUCAAUGUCCAUCCGGAGUACUAUCAACUGCAGAACAACCUGGUCAUGCUCACCCUCAGCUCUUCCUUGGUCUUUACUGAUCGCAUCAAGGCCAUUGAGGUGGCUGGCAGUGAUGAUCCGCUGCCCGCCGCGGGCUCUGAGGUUAGUGUAGCCGGUUGGGGUCGCACCACCGAUGGCACCACCUCGUACAAGAUCCGAGAGCUGGCACUCCAAGUGUCCCCCGAGGCGGACUGCCAGGAGGCAUACAGCGAUCCGGCUGGUGAUAGCUUCUGUUUGUCCCAUGAGCUCAAGGAGGGCACCUGUCAUGGUGAUGGUGGCAGUGGAGCUGUUUACCAGGACAAACUGAUUGGCUUGACCAAUUUUGUGGUGGGUGCCUGCGGUUCACGGUACCCCAAUGUUUUUGUGAAGCUUGCACCCUUCUCUGAGUGGAUUCAGGAGCAGCUAGCUUGAG